UUGACUCGCAGAAGGAAGGACCUGGCGGACAUGUUUGAGGGAAAUGCUUUGGGGAAAAGUGAUUGAAGAUCUCGAGAAACCAAAAGUGUGGAUUUCGAAAAAGGACAAUUAAGAGUAAUUUUUUUUUGCAAACUGAUUUCCAGGUUUGGAGUCAGUAAAUAUUUAAGUUAGCAAAUGUAGAACACGGAACAGUUUCUCGUAUUUAAAUACUUAAGUUUUAAAAUCUUUUAAUUACUUUAAAAACGAAAUUACUAUGAAUAUUUGAAGGCGUUUGGAAGAGUUAUCAAGUUUCUGGUAUGCAUUGAUAGACGACAGUCGUCUGUAGUGGGGGAUGGGCUGCGCGUCGCAGCUAGUUUAAUUGUAAAUUUAGUUGCCAUAAUUGUGUAUUUCAUAGAUUUUAAAGGCUACCUGUGGUAUUUGGUGCUUAGAUUGGCGAGACAUUGACGCAAGGCCUCAAACCGUCUCAAUGUUUGGUAUUUACUGGAAACGCGUUUACGUUCGCGACCAUUUUGUUAAUCUCGUUGUUUGGUAUAAGUGUUUUUAAGAUAAAGGAUCAUGCUUUAGGUUGUGUUUUGUGGAUGUCGGGUUGAUUGCUGCUGUUGCUUACUCAAGUUACUGGAGCUGGUUAAUGCAGUGUAGCUACUGAAAUGAUCUGAGAACGCUGUUUUGUGUAAGCGCAUUUUACGUUGUAUCUAGGGGGUAAAUACAUCUACUAACCACCUAAGCUUCUGAUUUGAUAGUAUUUUUCUAUUUUGUUUAAUACAGCGCAGGCUAGAGAAUUGUGCUUGGGGAAUACAGCAUCGAUUUUUGAAAGUUAUAUUCGCUAGUAUACGCGCAUUGUUAGAAUCAAAUAUGGCGACUCGCCUUAAAAGACAACUCGUUAUACAGUAAAAUGUGUGCUUGGACAAUUCGGCGUCCUUUUGCUCGCUUUCUACUUGGCCUGUUUGCCCGCGCUCGAUUUUUUUUUUAACACAAUGACGCAACUCUGCUUCAGGGGCGGGAGCCCUGGGGGGCGCUCGUGACGGUGGAGCGCUAUUCGUGAGGUCGACGGGUUUAGUUGACAAUGGCUCUUUUGUUUGAUGGACAACUGAGGGGCGAAUUGCAUUGCCAAGAGUCGAUGUGGGUGGUGCUUCUCAAAGUUUGGGUGUGGCAUCCUUGAUCGACGAGGAGUCUGGCCAAUCGCAUUUCUGGGAUCUGUGACACGUGGAGGAAACCAUGCAAUAGUGAAAUAGUUAGGUAUAUAAGCUUUUGGGCGGUGACGCAGUGGCGCCAUUUCGCUAAUAUUCAGGAGGAGUCCAGGAAGGAAGAAGUCGGAAAGAGGGAGAGAGAGGCAACUGUAAGAGAUCGGAUUUUAAUCAGAAUCCGGAUCCAUCCUGAUGGAGACGGCCUUAAACCCGUCCUUUGACAGGCUGGUGUCAGAUGGCAGCAGCCCUCUGGGGGGGGCUGUGGGAUUGCCGGGCAUCAGCGGGAUGGAGCAAGUGGGCUGUGGCCCCGGCAAGCGCAUCCGCAAGCCGUCGCUGCUCUUCGAGGGCUUCGAGAGCCCGACGCUGCCCCACGCCCCGCCCUCCAUGCCGACACCUUCCCGCCCCCCUGUGAAGGACCCCGCCCGUCCGGGGCGGCAGACCAACCAGCUCCAGUUCCUGCAGAAGGCCAUGGUGAAGGUCCUGUGGAGGCAUCACUUUGCCUGGCCUUUUCACGAGCCGGUGGACGCCAUGCGACUCAACCUGCCGGAUUAUCACAAAAUCAUCAAGCAGCCGAUGGACAUGGGAACCAUCAGGAAGCGGCUGGAGAACAACUACUACCGCAGCGCCAGCGAAUGUAUACAGGACUUCAACACCAUGUUCACCAACUGCUACAUCUACAAUAAGCCCACGGAUGACAUAGUGCUAAUGGCACAGUCCCUGGAAAAGGUGUUCCUGCAGAAAGUGGCCCAGAUGCCCCAGGAGGAGAUAGAACUGCCCUCACCGACGCCGCGGAGUAGACCAGGCAAGCCUGGGAAGGCGGGUAAAGGUCGCAAGGCGUCCGUCCUGGGGGGCGUGACCACAGUCCAUCAGGUGCCAGCAGUGUCCUCUCUGACCCAGUACUCACCCCCUACCCCCGACACCCCCGAUUCGCUCCUGUCCACCCCCCCGCAGACCCUGCUGGCCAAGAGUCUGCCCCCCACUCCCCUCAGCCCCCCUGCUUUGCUUGGACACCCUCCGACGCAGCCCACUGCCAAGAAGAAGGGAGUGAAGCGUAAAGCUGAUACCACCACCCCCACCACCAUAGCCCUCACCCCGGGGGUUCGAGUGGGCGGCCUGGGCAAGGGCAUGGGCCUGGCUGCCGUGGGAGCAGAUCCCAAGAGCGGCCCAGUCCACCUGCAGCCAGCGGGGGUGUCGGGCAAGACCACGGCGCGACGACGGGAGGGGGGGCGGCCCAUCAAGCCGCCGCGGAAGGACCUGCCCGACUCGCUGCAGCACCAGCCGUCUCGGCGCGGGAAGCUGAGCCAGCAGCUGCGUUACUGCAGCGGCGUGUUGAAGGAGCUGCUGUCCAAGAAGCACGCCGCCUACGCCUGGCCCUUCUACAAGCCCGUGGAUGCCUCGGCCCUGGGCCUGCACGACUACCACGACAUCAUCAAGCACCCCAUGGACCUCAGCACCAUCAAGAGGAAGAUGGACUGCCGGGAGUACCGGGACGCCCAGCAGUUCGCGGCUGACGUCAGGCUCAUGUACUCCAACUGCUACAAGUACAACCCCCCCGACCACGACGUGGUGUCCAUGGCCCGCAAGCUGCAGGACGUGUUUGAGUUCCGCUUCGCCAAGAUGCCGGAUGAGCCGGUGGAGGAGGCCCCCCCUCUGUCCAUGGGGGGAGGAGUUGGUCUGUUGGGAGAGCACUCGUCGUCCUCUUCCUCCUCUUCUUCCUCGUCUUCGUCAUCCUCCUCGUCAUCUUCCUCUUCGGAGAGCGAGCUCAGCAGCGAGAGUGAGAGCAGUCCCAGUUCGGACAGCGAGGAGGAGAGAGCGCAGCGACUGGCCGAGCUGCAGGACCAGGUGUGUACGCAGCUGAGGGCGGUGCAUGAGCAGCUGGCCGCCCUCUCGCAGGGUCCCAUCUCCAAGCCCAAGAAGAAGAGGGAGAAGAAGGAGAGGAAGAAGAAGCGGAAACCGGAAAAGCAUGGGGAGAAGCCGGCCAAAGUCCCUAAAGUGAAGUCCAGCAGGGCCGCCCCCACCUCCACCCUGGGCAAGAAGAGGGCCGGCAAGAAGAGCAGCAAGAACAAGCCCUCAAAGAAGUCCAAGUCCACAUCGGCGGCCCCCCACAUCCCCGUCCCUGUGGCUCCGCCCUCCCUGCUGCCCCACUACGACUCGGAGGAGGAGGAAGAGGGCCGACCUAUGAGCUACGACGAGAAGCGGCAGCUGAGCCUGGACAUCAACAAGCUGCCGGGCGAGAAGCUGGGCCGCGUGGUUCACAUCAUCCAGUCCCGCGAGCCCUCGCUGCGCGACUCCAACCCCGAGGAGAUAGAGAUCGACUUCGAAACCCUGCGCGAGCUGGAGCGCUACGUCGUGACCUGUUUGCGUAAGAAGCCCCGCAAGCCCUAUGUGAUAAAAAAGUCGGGAAGUGGGAAGUCACGGGAGGAGCUGGCUUUGGAGAAGAAGAAGGAGCUGGAGAGAAGGCUGCAAGAUGUCAGCGGGCAGCUCAACUCCUCCAAGAAGCCCCAGAAGACCAAGGCAGAGAAGCCCAGCGCAGUGGAACCCCACGCCAUGGUGUCACGUCUCAGUGCCAGCAGUUCAAGCUCGGACUCUUCAUCAUAGUCAUCCUCCUCAUCCUCAUCUGACACGAGUGACUCUGACUCUGGCUGAAUUGUGGAAAUGAGCGGGGCUGUGGCAGUAGAGACCGGGCCUUGCAGGGUUUGGUCGUCCAGAAGCUCAUUGGCCCAGACUGUGAUGGGAGCCAGUGGCUGGUGGCCCAGGGUGGAGGGGGAGGGAACAGCACGUCCUUCCCGACAGCAGUGACCUAAACCGAAAGAGGGACGACUGAGACUGACUAUUAGAGUGCAAGAAUUCGCAGGACCAAGGAGGCUGUCCCAAAGUCUGGCUGAAGAAAUUCGCAUUCCAUUUUUUUCCCAUGCUGUGUAAAAUAUAUGUACAAAUAUGUGUAUAUAUUACAAUCUUUCUUUUAUAAAGAAGAAUUUUAAGAAAAUCCCCAAGGAGGGAGAGUAAUGAAUGAAAGGAUGUUGAUGGACUGUUUCUUUGCAAGAUUUUUGUACGUAAAGUUUGGAUUUUUGUUUAUUUUGUGUUUUCCCCUCCCCUGCAGAUGGAGGUUAGUCCUUAGAUAGACCGAUAUCUCUAUGGUGUCAGACACACAGAUGCAGCCUCACCUGAUCAGCUUCCCACUGCCUUGGGCUCUGGCUGGAGUAAGAAGUGCAAGUCGGAAAGUUAAAUCCCUUGUUUCUCCUCAUCAGCAUGAUCUUAGGGGUUUAAACCGCUAUAGGGAUUUUGUCUACAGCAUGUGUUUGGUACUGUACUGUGUCCAAGUCUCACUGAGAAGCUAGUAAAAUGCAAACGGGUCCAACUGAACGGUAACGGAACCUGGUGCUUUCAUCUUCCCACCUGUCUGUCUGAAAUUAGCAGAGACCUGCUGUUCCUCUGUUGUUGCAGUGCUGAGGCUCAGACUGGGGGGGGGGUGUCAAUGAGACCAGGACUCCUGCUGGAAGCCAGUGGAACGCAGAACCUGAUUACAUCAAACACACUGUACACAUUUCUGCAGCUGUAUCUGUUCUCAGCAUGGUUCUACACGCAAGAUUUCUCCUCUUUUUCAUUUACCCUCACAGCACCGUGUGUGAACUUCAUUCUUUUUUUAUAGAAUAACAGUUUGAGGCGACAUCACAUAUAACACUGUCAGACAUCUGGUUCGACAUGAUCAGUCUCAAACAUACCUUUCUUUUGAAAGUGUACAUAUUAAAAAGAAUUAAUCA